UCAAUGUGUAGAUGUUCUCUGGUUUUGAUUUGACAGUACUUGACUUGACUUUUGUUUCUGUCACGAUGGUCACGAUCUGUGUUGAGUGUUGAUUAGUCUACAAAUAAUUUGUACAUUACAAAUUCUCAGUUAAGAAACAUUUAUUUCAUUAUUUCCCGAUGUGUUGAACAAAUUGUUAUGGAAGGGUAUAAUACAUGAAACUUUCCAACAAUGUCUAAUAGAAGGAGUAAUAACACUAAUUCGAGAUUGAGACAGGAUUACGUUAGGCUGAAGAAAGAUCCUGUGCCAUAUAUUUGUGCUGAACCUUUGCCUUCCAACAUAUUAGAAUGGCAUUAUGUAGUAAGUGGUCCUGAGAAUACACCAUAUGAAGGGGGUUAUUAUCAUGGGAAACUGGUUUUUCCAAGUGAAUUUCCCUUCAAACCCCCAGCAAUCUACAUGUUAACUCCUAAUGGCAGAUUCAAAACGAACAAGAAGCUGUGUCUCAGUAUAUCUGAUUUUCACCCUGACACAUGGAAUCCUGCCUGGAGUGUUUCUACAAUUUUGACAGGACUUCUCAGUUUCAUGAAUGAGAAGUGUCCAACAUUGGGCAGUGUUGAAAGUACUGACCAUGACAAGAGGCAAUUUGCUUAUAACUCUUUAGAGUAUAAUUUGAAGAACAAGGAUUUUUGUGAUUUGUUCCCAGAUCUUGUUACACAUAUAAAGGUUGAAUUGAGCCGAAGAAACAGCCUUCAGUCCAACCAUGGGGAUAAUUCCAAUGUGAAUAAUCGGUCAGUAACUGAACAAAGUAGUAUUCAGUCUUGCAUAACUAAUUUAAUAGUUAUAAUAGGGUUUGCAGCAUUUGCAUUCACUGUUAAAUAUGUGAUGCAACAUACAAAACAAGAAGAAUGAAAUUUAUUCAUACAAAUUUGCACAAUUGAAUUUUAUUUUGUCUAUAAUUUUUUUAUGACUUGUUCAGUUUCAAUUUCAGAGUAUUUCAUUUUUUGUUACUUUAAGUACAUAUCAUGGUGUGUAUGAUUUCAAAUCAUAUUGGUGUUUUUUUUUAACUCGUUUGAAGGAUAUAAAGGAAUGCAGCAGUAGUGAUAUUCCAUAUAACUGAUUUUUCCGCUUUUAGCCGGACUUCGAAAACCUCUAGCCUGUUCAGAAAAAUUAAAAAAUUGUUCAGUCCCUGAUGAAUCUUCAUCGUUUGAUUAAAGCUACUUUAAAGUAACAUUGUAGAAAUAGCCUUAAUGAAAAUUGUUCAUAUUCGAGGUUUUUUAUUUCAUCAAAACAUUUAUAUUUUUAUCUGAUGAAUAAAAAUAAGAUACUGAAA